AUGGCCAUAGUGCUGUGCCUGGAUGUAGGCUUUACAAUGAGCAGUUCUUCCCCUGGUGAAGAGUCUUCUCUUGAGCAAGCCAAGAAGAUUAUGACAAAGUUUGUACAGCGACAGGUCUUUGCUGAGAGUAAAGAUGAGAUCGCUGUAGUUUUGUUUGGCACUAAUGGUACUAGGAAUGGCCUUGCCAGUGGGGAUCAGUACCAGAACAUUACUGUACAUAGGUCACUAAUGCUGCCAGAUUUUGAUCUGCUGGAAGACAUUCAAGAUGUGACUAAAACAGGCUCUGAGCAAGCAGACUUUCUGGAUGCAAUUAUUGUGUGCAUGGACUUGCUUCAGAAGGAAACCAU